ACUACUUUCUUUCUUCCUGUUUAAAAUUAUUCCUCUCUAAUAUACAUUGUAAGAGUUAUUCAUCUAUAAUAUACAUUGUAAGCAUGAUCAGCCCCAAGAACCUCCUUAAGAUUGCAAGAAAGUGGGAGAAGCACGCUUCGAUAGGGAGGAAAAGAAUUCCACUUCGGAGUACGAAUGAUUAUGUGAAAUUGGAAAGCUGCAAUACAUCAUCAGCAGUGGCUAAUAAAGGCCAUUUUGUUAUCUACACCACCGAUGAUAAGCGUUUCAUGAUGCCCUUGUCAUAUCUAAACAACAACAUCUUUAGGGAGCUCUUCAAGAGGUCUGAAGAAGAGUUUGGAAUAUCAAGUGAUGGGCCAAUCACAUUGCCAUGUGAUUCAGUCUUCAUGAAUUACUUAAUCUUGCUCAUCCAAAGAGGUGCAGCUAAAGAUUUAGAGAAAGCUUUGCUGAAUUCCAUUGCUACCAAGUGCUGCUCUUCAAUUUCUUCUUGUCAUCGAUCACCAAGGAUUUGCAGGCCAAAAUUUAGUUCUUUGCGGCUACUGAAUCAUUCAUAUAUGGAAUUUGUAAAUACUCUUUAGAGUAUAGUCAACAGUCACUAUGUGUAUAUGUUAGUGUACAUCAGUACAUCCGUACAACAUAUGUGACUUACCAGAGUGAAACAACAUUUAUGGUUAACAUGAUUUACA